AUGUUGAUACCGAAGAACAUUUUAGGUAUCACCAGAAGAAGACUACAGAAUACAUCUACAAGGAGGAAGCUCUACUAUGCUGAACAUAUCCCUGGACCUAGUAUACCCCCAUUCCCUAUACCUCCAGCUUCAACUCUGAGAAGAGGUACACCAAUCAGGCAACAACCGGUCGAAAUGGAGAAGGAUGAUGCUCAGGACCAAGUGAAUGGUAUGCUGGACAAAUUAAUCAAUGGGAUGAAGAGUUUUGAAGACGUUGGUGUUGAAAACGAUAGAGUUGAACAGACAAGAACAAAACAAUUAAAUUUCAAUCUAUUGCCUUUGAAACUAUUAGAGAAAUUAAACAAAACAAGUGAUUAUCAUGUGAAACUAAGUUGCCUAUUAGACUAUAGAUAUUUACUGAAAGUUAAGCCUGAGUUUGUGGAGAAUACUUUGUUUAAAUUAGGAAUAGAAACUGCAGAAGAUAUUUGUGAUUCAUUGAGUGAAGAUCUUGUGUUGAAAUGGGUUAAGUUCCAAUUGACUCAUAAAGAUUUCACAAAAGCUGGUCAAGUUACUAAUCAAAUUAUAAUGAGAAGAAAUGGUGAUUUGGAUGUUGAAAAAUUAUGCGCUACAGUUUUCAACACUCUUAGAAGUGAUCAUGAUUUGAAAUAUGGUGUUUUGGAUUUGAUGAGAGCAUUGUAUGAAUUAUUGGAUCAUCAGAAUACCUUGUUCAAAUUUGUUUACACAACAUUGACAAACAAUGAAGAAAUAAUGGUUUCGAAUGGGGUCGAGUACAAAUUUGAAGAUAUAUGGAAAAUGAUUCAACUAUGUCGAGUAAUAGAGGAAGUUGCAGAUGUCAGAGUGCUACCUGAACCUUACUGGAAGACUGAUUUUGAUUAUAUCAAUUUGAUAUUGGGCUUGAAAUGUUUUAAAGCUGGUGAUUUGGAAAGAGGGUUUUCACAUUUGAAAAGAAGAAAAGUUAUCGGUAAUGAUGGUGUUGUUUAUAGAGUGAUUAAAGCUGGUCUUGAGAAUAAAACUAAAAAUACAACGAGUACUAAAACAAUGGCCAAACCAACCACUUUUGAGAACAGAGUUUUAAAAGUUAUUAUUUCAAAUAAUGAAAGACAUUUAAGUCCUAUUGAUCUUUUGACAUUUCAAAAAUUUAGUAAAAACAUUUACACAUUUAACAAUUCAAUCAAGGAGUUGACCAAUAAGGAGACUGUAUUUGCAUUGAAGAAUGUCUGUUUGAAAAAGUUCUUGGAUUCAGGUCUAUUAAAACUUGCUCAAAAUAUGGUUGCAAAUAAUCUAGAUCAGGUUUACAAAUUUGAGGUUAGUUAUUUGGCUACUGUUUUCCAUCUAGCAAAUGAUUCACAAUUACUAGGUGAAGUUGUUUCCAGAUUACCAACAGUUACAAAAUCAUCCUUCUUAUCAGUAUUGUUUACUCAACAAUUGAAGAUUGAACAAUCCAAUUAUCAUACAAAAGAGUCAAAGAUACCUGAAAGGCAAUUUGAAAAAAUACAAUGGAUUUUGGAAGCUGUUAAUUAUCAAUUAUGUGAUAAAACUUUCCGUAAAAUCACACCAUUGUUAACAAAAUUACCAUUGAAACUUCAACAAUCUAUAAUAACCAAAAUAUCUGGACCAAAUUUUCCCCUAUACAUCAAAUAUUUAUCAUCAGGAAUCCCAUUAUCAUCAACAUUGAUACCCAUCUUGGUGAACACUGGUAAAUGUCGUACCAGAUCAGAAUUACAAUCAUUGGCUCGUUAUAUCUCAAGGUCAUGUUCUGUGGAGGAGAUUGGUUAUAUAUUGUCAAACAUUAAAGAGCAAAUCCGUUAUGAUUCACUACAUUUGAAAAUCACGGAUGCAUUGGUAAGGUUUGGCGAACCUGAUUUUGAAAAGGCUAAACAAUUGAUUGAAGAACAUCCACAUGAUAGAUCUAAAUUUCUUUUAAAUCAAGUAUUGUUACAAAAAAAUGAAACCAUUAUCAAUUAUUCAGAUUCAUAUGUUAAGAAACCUAUUGAAUUGGUCAAAUUGAAAGCAUUAUAUAGAUUGACUGAUGAUACAAAAUUGGGAUAUGGUUCAAGUUUGAGAGCUCAGGUUGGUCGUUUGAUUAUGGCUAAUAAAUUUGACAAGAACAUGGCGGUGUUGUUAUUGAAAAAGAUAGUUUCAAAAAUUAAGAGUAAUGGAGAGUUGAAAAAUACUGAAAGAUUGAAAUAUGGAGUUGCUAUUUGUCAACGGUAUGGUGUCUCUGAAGAAGUUAUCUCUGAGAUUUUGCAUGCAUAA